AUGUCGGGGACAGUACGAAAGGACGAAAGACAUCCAGGCGAGCUGGGGAAACCGGAUAAUCCGGAAAAUUUAGCAAACAAUUGCAUGAGUUCAAAUAUCACUGUUUCAACUGCUGCUUUUACUGCUACAUCUGAGCAAGCUGAUUCACUUAGAGAAUCUUUGCAUGUCCAAGAUCCAUUCACUGUCAAGGUUGAGCCUGCUGACAAUCAUGUUGAGAGUUCUCCAGCUAGUGGUAUGAGUGUUUUCUCCCAGGCGCGGUCCCAAGCCGCUGGUAAUAUUGAACCUCAUAAAAAUGUUGAGUAUCGAGAUGACCUCGAUCAUGUGGUAUUAAAAGAACGUUUGAGGAGGCUGCUAGCGAGUAGAUGCUCGAGAUUGACGCCAACAGCGUUGGAGGAGAUCUGUGCUGGAGCAUUGAGGGAAGCAAAGCAAUUUGGAAAUCGAAGGCGUGUGUUAUCUGGGAAUCAAGUUGAUGACAUUGAUAGGCUUUUGUCAUCUGUUGCAUCAAAAGAUACCUUGUACUCGUCUUCUAAACCUCAUCAAGGAAAGAGAUCCAUUUAUGCAGAAUCUCUGGAGCUUCAAAAUAAUUCGGAAAAGAGAAUCUUCAAAUCAGAUGGCAAGAAGACUCUUUUGUCUACUAAUGCUAAGACUGUGGAGGUUUCACCUGUGUCGACCUUAACAAACAUCAAAAUUGAACCACCAUUAUCUGAUGAUUUUCUGAGUAUGAAUGCAAAUGUAAGGGAGCAAAUGUCAUAUGUUGACUUUCUUGUGAAAAGUGAAGUUAAAAUCACAGAUGAUGCUUGUGAAGAUGAAUUGGAUCAUAUGCUGCUGCGUGAUAGGAUGAAACUGUUAUCAAGAGAUGUCUCUAGUUCGCGUAUUCACCAAGGUCCAGAUUGCAUGAGCAAAACUAGUUUUUCUGCCUUUGUUAGUAGGCCAGUUGCCCCUACACCUUCCCAGUCAUUUAAAGUCAACCGCCCAAGAAAAAGGCGAAAAACUGUUACGGAUUCACUUGAAACUGCAAUGGAGGAAGAUGCUCCUGGACUUUUGAAGGUGUUGAUUGGUAAAGGUGUUACAGUUGAUGAGAUAAAACUUUAUGGCGAACCAGAAAGUGAUGAUGCUUUGGAGGAUUCGUCCACUGAGGAAAAUUUUUCAGAGCUCGAAGAAGUUAUAUCCAAGCUUUUCUCUCAGUCUCAGCGUGAAUCACUGCUGAAGUUAGGUCCCACGCGAGGCACUAAGGGGGAUAGAGUUAGUUAUUGCCUUGAAUGCCUGUUGUCACUUGUGGAGCAGGCAAGGUAUUUACGGUUUCGGAAUUGGCCAGUUGAAUGGGGAUGGUGCCGGGACCUCCAGUCGUUCAUUUUUGUCUUCGAAAGGCAUAACAGAUUGGUGCUUGAACGUCCUGAAUACGGUUACGCGACUUACUUCUUCGAAUUGGUUGAAUCUUUUCCAAUACAAUGGCAGAUUAGACGACUCGUAACCGCCAUGAAGCUGACUAGCUGCAGCAGGAUCAGCCUAAUCGAGAACAAAGCAUUAACGGUGGGUGAUGACAUAAGCGAAGGGGAAGCUCGUGUGUUGAUGGGAUUCGGGUGGAUACCAAACACGGGACUCGGGACAAUGCUGAAUUACUUUGACCGAGUGGUACACGACAGGCGGAAUGAGAGGGACAGGUCUGAGUGGAGGUCAAAGAUUGGUAAACUGCUUGCGGAAGGCUUAAAUGGGGGCACUAUAACCUCCGCUGCUGCUAUCUCAUCAAAUGCUUCGGAAUCUGAUAUGGCGCAUCCUCUGGAGAUCAAGAUAGAACUUAACUGA